CCGGUUGAGUUUUGUGUCUUGUGUCAUUGCUCGUCGACGACGUUGAAGUGUUCGUACAAUGUCAGAAGAAAUACAAGCAGAUCUUCGAGUCGGACCGGAUCCGAAUAUUACGUAUCCAAUCCAAGUCCAUUAUUGCGGAAAUUGUUCGCUUCCAAUCGAAUACUGCGAAUAUUAUCCUGAAUAUGAGAAAUGUAAGCAGUGGCUGGAGAGGAAUCUUCCGACGGAAUUUGAGAAAGUCAAAUUAGAGGAUGGAGCAACGGAAGUAGGUGGCGGAGAGGAUGAAAAAAAAAGGCAGAAGCGAGGUGGAAAGGGUAUGCUGAAAACAAAGAAGAAAGAAGAUGUACCUAAACUAGUCACUGUAUCACGAGCUCCAAGAGGGAAAAAGAAGUCUGUAACGGUUGUAACAGGACUCAGUACUUUCGACAUUGAUCUUAAGGUCGCAGCAAAAUUCUUUGGUAGUAAGUUUGCCUGUGGCUCAAGCGUAACCGGCGACGAUGAAAUUGUUAUCCAGGGUGAUGUUAAGGAUGACCUUUUUGAUGUUAUUCCAGACAAAUGGCCACAAAUCGACGAAGAUUCGAUAGACGAUCUGGGUGAUCAGAAGAGAUAGGAAAAAUGGAAUAGCGAUUCUGCUUGCACAAUAUUUAUCACUACAAUAUCAUUGAUAAUCCUAUAUACAUGAAGAUAAUGAUGUAAAUAAAAAGGAAUAAUCAUCGA